AGGAGGGAGCUACCUGGCGCACGCGCAGUAUGUGUGGCUGGGGAAUUCAUGUGGAGGUCAGAGUGGAAUCAGGUGUAAGUGGGUCCAGCAGAAGGAAACAUGGCUGCCAAAGUGUUUGAGUCCAUCGGCAAGUUCGGCCUGGCCUUAGCUGUUGCAGGAGGCGUGGUGAACUCUGCCUUAUAUAAUGUGGAUGCUGGGCACAGAGCUGUCAUCUUUGACCGGUUCCGUGGAGUGCAGGACAUUGUGGUAGGGGAAGGAACUCAUUUUCUCAUCCCUUGGGUACAGAAACCAAUUAUCUUUGACUGCCGCUCUCGACCACGUAACAUUCCAGUCAUUACUGGGAGCAAAGAUUUACAGAAUGUCAACAUCACACUGCGUAUCCUUUUCCGGCCCGUUGCUAGCCAGCUUCCUCGCAUCUUCACCAGCAUCGGAGAGGACUACGAUGAGCGUGUGCUGCCGUCCAUCACUACAGAGAUCCUCAAGUCAGUGGUGGCUCGCUUUGAUGCUGGAGAACUAAUCACCCAGAGAGAACUGGUUUCCAGACAGGUGAGCGAUGACCUGACAGAGCGAGCAGCAACCUUUGGGCUCAUCCUGGAUGACGUGUCCUUGACACAUCUGACCUUCGGGAAGGAGUUCACAGAAGCAGUGGAAGCCAAACAGGUGGCUCAGCAGGAAGCAGAGAGGGCCAGAUUUGUGGUGGAAAAGGCUGAACAGCAGAAGAAGGCAGCCAUCAUCUCUGCCGAGGGCGACUCCAAGGCAGCUGAGCUGAUUGCCAACUCCCUGGCCACCGCAGGUGACGGCCUGAUUGAGCUGCGCAAGCUGGAAGCUGCAGAGGACAUCGCCUACCAGCUCUCGCGCUCUCGGAACAUCACCUACCUACCUGCGGGGCAGUCCGUGCUCCUCCAGCUGCCCCAGUGAGGGCCUGUCCUCCCAGCACCUCCUCAGGCCAACUGGGCCACAGCCCCAACGAUUCCUCACACCGCCUUCCUUCUGCCCCACCCCAGAAAUCACUGUGAAAUUUCAUGAUUGGCUUAAGGUGAAGGAAAUAAAAUUAAAAUCACUUCAGAUCUCUAA